UGUCGGCCGACAAGCAUAUCCACAACAACGGUGUUCACCUUCUAUCUAACUUCAGCGCUUGAAGACCAAUUCCAAGUCACCGGUCUUCUUGUCGACUCAAAAAAGCAAGAUCCUCUUAGACUGUGUACUUCUCCGUCUUUGAUCUUAAAUCUUUGAUAUGCUGUUCAACUCCAAGAUGCCAACGCAUUGCCCCAAAAAGGCAAUUGUUUUUCAGCCCUGUUGUGCGCCACCCGUAUUUAAGUUUUCCAAAGUGUGGUUGUGGAGAUUUGGUCCCACCAUCUAGGAAGAUCUUAGCAGGGUCCCUUGAGCUGGCAAGGGUGGCAUGCCGUGUUCCUGCAUUACUGACAUCUAUGGACAUUGAGACUCCUUCAUUCUUUACUCCUUCUAUCCUAUGCCUGCGAUUGCUCGUCGUUCUGGGUGAUCCUUUCCAAUGGUGUUGAACACUCUUUUGUUAUUACUUUUGGUAGCUUUGCAACAUGUUGCAAAUGCGCAAUAUGACCCCUUGGUCAAUUUUUGUAGCAGACUGGAUCAUCAGUCAAUCGUUGUUAAUGACAUACUCUACAUUGAUGGAGGAAGGGAAGUGUUCGCCACAUUCGACCCUAACGGCACUCAGAUCUCCAACAGCACAAUUGGAAACAAUCAAUACCUCAUAUCAAUUAACAUGAGUACCGCCUGGGACUCGAAAGGCGACUUCCCGCAAAAGGAAAUCUCCAAGCUUCGAGAUUCUGCUGGAACCCUUGCUGUCCCUGAUAUGUCACGAGGCGCACUGUAUCCUGAUCCCACCAAUCCGAACAAGUUCUGGCUUUUUGGAGGCUCUACCGCGAUCGAUAAUAUGACAUUUUUUAGGUUGGCAAUAGCCUCAGCCAGGCACCGAAUCGCUUUGGUCUAUGGGAUCAAUAAACCGGCCUCCGGACCUACUACGUCGAUUCCGGAGAAGGGCUUGGCGUUUUGGUUUAAUGGGAUGCAGGAUAAUGGCAGUUCUACGGAGACGACUGUAUUACAAAGUACCACGCGAUUUCUGAACGGAAUGGUGGUAUUAGAUCUGAAUGAUCAGUCUGCAAGAAACUUGUCAACUGCCGAUGUCAGUAGUGAGGCUAGGGUGAGGGGGCAGAUGGUUCAUGUACCUUUGCCUGGAUCGGAUGGCAUUCUGGUCUUGAUUGGAGGUGGUCAAAAGUCGACUUCGGACUUAACACAUGAUUGGAAAGGAACUCUACUGUCGCUCCAAACUGUCAAUAUCUUCGACGUAGGCUCCUUCAAAAAUGCCAGCACGCCUGAUGGAGUAUGGUAUUCCCAAGGAACAUCUGGCUCCACGCCUAGUCCACGCCUGGACUUGUGCCUCGUUCUCGUAUCUGCGCCCGACAACUCGAGCCACAACAUUUAUAUGUACGGAGGACGAGACGGCGUCAAUGCAUACUACGAUGAAGUCUGGGUCCUCACUUUGCCAUCGUUUCAAUGGAUCCAGCUCUACCAAGGCUCAUCACCCCGCUAUUCGCAUACUUGUCACGUGGUUGGAAAUAGGCAAAUGAUCACAGUUGGAGGCAGCGACACUUCCAAGAUAGCUAAUGAUUGUGAUUGGGAAACCCAAGGAGUUGGUAUUCUGGAUAUGAGCGACUUGACUUGGGGAAAUACAUAUGAUGCAAACGCAAGUGCGUACACGGUGCCCGAUGAUGUCGUGAGGGCUGUUGGCGGAACGCUAAAUGGGGGUGCCACGGUCGUCGCACCGGCGACUGGGUUCGCAAACACGAAUCUCGAGGUUCUCUUCAACCCAACUGCAAACUCAACCUCGAAUAAUACAGCUCUUGGGUCUACUCCAUCGAGUGCCCGACCUACAACCACUUCUUCUCCAUCAAAGAAGAACCCCUCAACUGCAAGCAUCGCCGGUGGAGUAAUCGGAGGACUUCUCGCUAUCGCUGCCAUCCUCGGCCUCAUACUCUUCUUCCUCCGCCGUCAGAGACAAAAAAGACGCGACCCUUACUUCCAAAAUACGGAACCCGAUGUCCCACAACUCCAUGGAAGCCACGUCGAACCUGCAUUGUUGGGCAGCAAUGCUGUUUUUGAGAAAUAUGGUUCCAGUCCCGCGAUGUCGGAACUUCCGCAAGAAGAGGUGGAUGUGAAAAGCCAUUUCGUCAGACAAGAGCCGAUUGAGAUGCCAGCGGCUGAAGUUUUGAGGAUCUCAUGAUCAGAAGCGAUGUUUAGGAUCACAUUGUCACAUUCAUUCUGUAAUACAUAAUUGUCU